CCAGUGGUUGUUGUCAAGAGGGAGGGAGAUACAAGCUUACGUCAGACGUUAGAGGACUUGUAAUUUCUUAAUAUUCAGAUUGAUUUAUUAAGUCGUAACUUUGUUAGAGGGGGAGUUUUUAACUAGUUUUUGCCUUAUUUGGAUUUAUCGCUACAAGUGCCGAGGGGAUGUGACUGUUUAAAGCCUCAUCCCACACUACCCAACCCCACCCUGGCCUCUGAGCCAUCUGAUGGGAAACUGCAUUCCAAAUUCACCAGUGGCAUCCCAUAUGGACCAGGACACGAGCCAGUAGUACGAUCCCAGGAACUAACUUAGGGUGUGUCCUGUCAUUCUCUGAAUUCAAAGUUUGUUUUCCCCUGCCUGAGUCUAGUAAUCCUGCUCAGCCAACCCGCCAAAGACCAUGCCGAGUCCGAAGUACCAAAGCGGGGACAUGGUGAUGGGCCGCUGGCCUGGUAGCAACCUGUACUAUGAAGUUAAGGUAUUAGCUUUUGACUUGGAAAGUCAUCUGUACACAGUCAUCUACAAGGAUGGGACUGAGCUUGAGCUGAGGGAGCAGGACAUCAGGAAUCCUCAUCGUCUCCAGCCACGGUCCCGCUCUCGUUCCCGAUCACCUGGCCGCCGUCGCAGCCGCUCCCGGUCCCCGGCGAGGACGACACGGCGCUCUUCCUCCCGUACGGCGGCAGUAACGGAGAGCACGCCACCGUCAAGCCGGGAUUCAAAGUUGAAGGAAAUGGUUGCAAUUCGACUCCGUCCUCUGCAGCAACCCAGAAUGGCUGCUGAGAGCAAUAGCAACAAUAAGCAUGAACACAAAGAGGAAAGUAACACUGCAAACAAAGUCAAUGAGGCUGAAGCAAAGACGGAGCCAGAACCCGAGAAGAACCAGAAUCGUUACAAUCUGCGUCGUAGGAAGAAUGAUAGCGAGACUAAACCACAACAGUUACUGGAAGAUACCAAAGUGGCUACAGCUCCUGCAGCGACGGUCUCCAGACUUUCCACCCAACUUGACUUUGGGGGCAAGAUUGGGGCAUACUUCUGGUUGCUCUUCUUGCCGUCCUGGGUUCUUUUUGUGAUUCUCCAAGUCAACUUGGAGGAUCCCAGCUUGGUCAACUUCCCACCCCCUGUACCACCUCUUGAGACUUUUUGGGAUGCUCAGGCUCUGGGCUUUGUUGUCCUGUGGAUCUUAUUUCAGGUCCUCCUUUAUAUCCUGCCUGUGGGAAAGCUAAGCGAAGGGAUUCCACUGAGAUCUGGUGAGAGGCUCAAGUACAGAACCAACGGUUUCUUUGCCAUUGCGAUGAGUGCGGCAGUUGUUGCAGCAGCCGUCCAUCAGGGAAUCGACCUCACCUACAUCCACAGCCACUUCUUGCAAAUUGCUGUAGCGACCUUCCUCAUCUCCGUCCUGCUGAGUGUCUACUUGUAUAUCCGUUCCCGUUACGCUCCACCAGACCAGCAUGCACUUGGUGGAAGCUCCGGCAAUGUGAUAUAUGACUUCUUCAAGGGACAUGAGCUCAAUCCCCGCAUUAAAAAUUUUGAUUUGAAAUUCUUCUGUGAGAUGCGUCCAGGACUAAUCGGCUGGUGCUUGAUCAACUUUGCAUUCGCGCUGACAGAGAUGCAACAACAAGGUUUGGCUACUCCAUCCUAUGCCAUGAUUUUGGUGAAUGCCUUCCAGCUGAUCUAUGUAGUGGAUGGUCUGUGGAAUGAGGAGGCCAUCUUGACCACCAUGGAUUUGAUGCAUGACGGCUUUGGCUUCAUGCUGGCCUUUGGAGAUCUAGUGUGGGUGCCUUUCACUUAUACCCUGCAGGCCUAUUAUCUGGUCAGUCACCCAAAUGAGCUGAGCCUCCCAGCCGUCGCUGCCAUCAUCUUGCUCAAAUUUAUUGGCUUCUACAUCUUCAGAAAAUCCAACUCUGAGAAAAAUGCCUUCAGGAGAAACCCAACAGACCCCAAACUGUCAUACCUGAGGACCAUUCCCACAGCGACAGGAAAAAGUCUGCUGGUGUCUGGUUGGUGGGGGGUCGUCCGUCACCCCAACUACUUAGGAGACCUCAUAAUGGCUCUGGCCUGGUCAAUACCCUGCGGCUUUCGUCACCUGUUGCCAUGGUACUACAUGAUCUACUUCAUCAUCCUGCUGGUGCACCGAGACUCUCGGGACAUGAGCAAUUGCAGGAGGAAGUAUGGCUCGGCCUGGGACGAAUACUGCCGAACGGUCCGCUAUCGGAUCAUCCCACGUGUCUACUGAGGGGAGUGGUGAUGGACACUUUUUGAGCCGGUAUUACUGCCACAGAAUCUCUCACACACCAAUCAUUUCUAUCAUGAUUUGCAUUGUCAUUCAAAAAAAUGAAUUUAAAGAAGCGGUAUCAUGCUAUUAUAAGCAUUCCACAGAUAAUUAUAGGCGGGUUUGUAUAUUAUUAUAUAUUACCUUUUGCAUACCGGUGAUCAGAUUUUUUAAUUAAUAGGAAUUAUUUUGAUGGCUAUUCAUCUAACCUGGAAGGAAAAAAACAAAACCCGUCUUCGCAUUUCUCACAUUUUGGUAGGCUGAGUUGAGGUGCGUUCAAUGACUGCUCUCAAAGUAGGACAUCUAAAAAAAUGACAUUAGAAAAUCACUUAUUGCACCAAAUAACAAUAAGUAAGACGUGAGCAUUCUGCAGAUGGUACGUGUAAACAUUUAAUAAUUUAUUUGAUGCAUCAAAAUUGGAACAGCCGCUUGGCUACUCAAGUUGCAGGGUCAGCUGCCCUGAGAAAGUCGCCCUGUGUUUGGUCUGCAAGGGCGGUACGGGGGUAGCUCCUCACUUUGUGAUGUCACAAUGUGAUGACCCAGUCGUUUUCUUGGAUCGGCUGGGAUUGGUGCUUAGAGAGGAGGAAUGAGCAGAAAUGCCCCGAGAUCACUUUAGGUGUUUUUGGUGAGGAAUUUGCAUUUUAACAUGUAAAAUGGUCAAAAAAAAAAAAAAGAUUUCGCAUGAUAUGGCUCCUUUUAAACAUCUUGAUUGGGGAUCUUUUGCGCGUCGGUAUAUUUUAACAACAUUUUUACCGAAAAAAAUCAAUAUGGACUUAUGUCAUCGUGAAGUAUUUGCAAAAGAAUCAGGAGGAAAAUGUAAUAUUAUGCAAUGCAAAAAAACAAUGUCUGCAAAGAAAGUCUCGGUAGGAUGUAUAUAUUUUUGUACAUACACAUUUGUUUUUAUACUUUUGCUAAAACAAAACCACUUGUUUUAUUUUUAGCUCCAAUUAGGAUUUUACUUUUAAUGAUUGUAUUGUCUAUUUUCCUCAGGACCCACAAGUAUUCUUCCAGGAAUUUGUAUUGCAGAGGUUUACCUGUACAGUCUCAACUUUUGUAUAGAUGCCUAGUGUUUGACUUAAGAGUUGUUGGUUUUUUAAUUCCUUGCAUAAUGGAUUUGAUAGGAUUUUGAAACUCAAGGUGACUUGCCCAAUGUGUUGGAUGGGCCAAGCUUUAAUGCCAUGUCAUUAAUGACACAUUUAUACUGUGAUAACAUACAGACAUGAAUUACAUCGUCAUUGUCUGCACGCUCAGUAUUUGCAGCGCUUGAUCAAAAAAAGAAGUAGCAAUGUUUGAACUGAAAGAAUUGUAAAUAUUUUUGCUUUAUUCAUGGGAAAACAAAACAUGAUAGGAAUUUUUCUUUAUAGAUAUUUAAUGUUGCUUUUUCGUAUUGUAAUUUGGGCCAUUGUAGUAUUAUUUACAAACAACUCUGCCAUAUUUCAUCUUAACACAAAAGUACCUCCGCAAAAUGACUGAUUAAACUGUAUCUGUAUACACGUUGCAGCCCAAAUAAAGAUUUUAUUUUCA